CAUGGACAAGUUGAGACACGUUGGAGUUGGGCCCUUUCUACGCGACGCUCUGUCCGUCGCGUUUUGAAUAGAGCUUUUGUGUUUUUAGUGAGUGUUUGAUGAAACAGGUGACUGCUUGUACACAGCGUCCUAUGGUAUCAGUGUUUGUUACGCAGUGAGCUCUAUCGCUGCACUUCAACGUGUUUCUGACGCAUUCUGAGGCCCCAUUACGGCAACUCGAGACAGCCAGCCAGCUUUAGCCAGCCAGUCCCUGCCAGCCCAAGCCAGCCAGCCAGCCAGCCAGCCAGCCAGCCCUCCCAGUGACCAACCAACUUCAGCUUCAGCCUGCUAACCCACCCCUUCUCCAGGGAGUGCUGCUUGGGCCUGCACUGUUACCGCCACCCAUACUGCCACCUCCUCCAGCCAGGACUACUACACUGAUCUUGUGACACUGCUAGCUCAUAAUCACUCAAAAUGGCCCUCCCGGUUCGGCCCUGCGACGCUGCGUCGCCAUCACUGGGAAUGGACGACUCGGUGUACUCAGUGUCUGCAGUGGACGCGGCGAAGCGAGAAUGGAGUGAAUACCUACGCCGCCGCAGAGAAGAGAGAUAUCACCACUUUAACACGGCGAGGGUAGUUCUCAGACGGCGCUUCGCCGAAAAAGAACUACCUUCGCCAAAAUUUAGUGGAACCCUGACCGACCGCGAGAGGGCUAGAUACGAAGCCGAGAUCAAGUUUUUUGACUGCUCGCAACACGAAAGUGUAGAGUAUCUGCUCUCACGCAUUGUCUAUCAGCGUUACAGAUUUAAAGCUCAGGAGAAACGUGCUCGCUACCUGGACUUGUUCGAAGUUCCCGCGCGCAGGCUCAUCGCUGCAGAGCGCCUAUUUCAGCAGAAAUUAAUCAUGCUCUCGGAAGCGAACAACAUUCUUGUUGGACUACAUGUAGGAAGCUCAAGCGAUCGCGAUAGUUUGUUUGGGCCUGUCGAAAAUUGCAGGGUGUACCACGCGAGGGAUGUGCCACCUAUCGCCGAGCUCUCGCAUCUCCACUGCACAAACGUUAAUGGGAUGUACCUUGAGCACUCAGAUUGUCAAGUUUCGCAUCGAUCCGAGCUUGUGCAGGUGAACGCAUACACGGAUCGUCUGGAAUGUAAAAACACGUUGCAACCCAACAGGUUGGGGCGGAAGUACGUUAGGUGUCUAGGCAGUUAUAGAGAUCCGGUUAAAGGUAUUGUCACACAGCUGGAAGACAUCCUCCAAAAUGACCUGAACGGCAACCAAUCAGAGCUCGUCAAGAUCUUCAGAGAGUUUUGCUCCAGCCAUUGUGUGUUAAACGAGUCUGUGAGGAGCAUGAGUCGAACCAAAAAAGAGAGUCUCAUCAAUAUUUGCUGCCUCAUUCUGGAAUGUGAGCAGUCCCAGUGGCAAUCGGCUUUGUUUCUUGAGGGCGACGAGUGGAAAAUUGGAAUGCCAGUGUCGUUCGCUCGGCUCAUUAGACUCUUCGAAGGCGGGCACAUUACACUUAAAGAUCUUUUUUUAAAGUAUCCUGUCUAUUCGUUCAUAAACUUGAUCGACAACUUUGCCCAAAUAAGGGCAAUUUGUGAGGAAAUUGACACUCUUUACCAGACAGUGUUCACAGACGCAAGGCUCAACGUUGUGGAUCAGGCUCUGGAGGAUUUGAGCUUUCUGUACGGGGGUCAAAGAUAAGCGAGGAAAGCCAUCUUCGGCGUCUAAAGAUUUCCUUUUGGAAAAUCCCUGAGACAAAUUUUUCGGUUUGGCGCGGUUGGGCUGCACCUGCCUGCUUGCAAUGCAUUUGCAAAGGCGGUGACUGAUGAUUGCCGGGCGAGCGCCUGUGAAGUGCAGGGUAGGCAACCCGAACGCACCCGCGUGGAGCGCGCGGCCUACGUCGCGUUCUGCAGGCGGCGGCCGUGCCUCGUUCCGAAGGUCCGCUUCGUCGCUCUGUCUCUAAGUGCGAUACAAACUAGUGCAACAUAACACUAGUGCAAUAAUUAUGUUAAUAUUAAAGUAAUGACGACUACUUCGUGGUCGAGCCUUUCUUAUAGGAUAUGUUUGUGUUUAGUUCUGAUCUUAUGGCUCACCCAAUAAUAAGAAAGAUGCACUCUAAACACGUCUUGCAAGGGGAGGCGGGAUGCGCCGCCAGUUCCGACAAUCUACGCCUGGCUUUGGCUUUGGCAGCAUUCUUCGCUUUAUAUCGUUAUACAAAUGUUAGUGCUAGUAAGUGGACACAGCACUGAAUUCAUUUGUGUAAAAUACAUGCAUU